GCAGGGCCUCCUGGAGGCAGCUUUGGCGCUGGGGCGCGCGGAGGGGCGGGGAAGUGAGGAAAGCGCUUUGUUCUCGGGUUGGAUGUCGGGCCCGUAGGCGUGCGCGAGAGGCGUGGAGCCCGGGUGUUGCGCGCCCCCAGGGAGCGACACAGGCUGAGCGUGCGGGGGCGGGACCUCUGCACCCGGGAGGGCCUGGGACCCAGCCCUGCGGGCUCCAAAGGUGCUUGGCCAGGCGCUGAUCCGAGGCAACUGUGGCUCCAACUGGAUCGCCGGGAGCCAGAUUCACCAAGACACAAAGGCAGGCGGGAUGCGGGAGUCAGCAAAGGGAAAGCGAAAGCCUCCCACCAGGCCGGUGACGGGGUGAAGGCGUCGUGCUGUCCUCCAGACGCCGGCGGUACCCCAACCUGCCCUAGUUGGCCUGCUGGGACAAACCCGGCGCGCAGUAGCCAUGGCUAUUGCCCACCUAGCCACGGAGUACGUGUUCUCAGACUUCUUGCUGAAGGAGCCCACCGAGCCCAAGUUUAAGGGGCUGCGGCUGGAGCUGGCGGUGGACAAGAUGGUCACUUGCAUCGCUGUGGGGCUGCCGCUGCUGCUUAUCUCUUUGGCCUUCGCGCAGGAGAUUUCGAUCGGUACCCAAAUAAGCUGUUUCUCCCCAAGUUCUUUCUCUUGGCGUCAGGCUUCUUUUGUGGAUUCUUAUUGCUGGGCUGCUGUUCAACAGAAGGAGUCCCUGCAGAGUGAGUCUGGAAACCUCCCAUUGUGGCUGCAUAAGUUUUUCCCCUACAUCCUGUUACUCUUUGCCAUCCUCCUGUACCUGCCCACCCUGUUCUGGCGUUUCACAGCUGCUCCUCAUCUUUGCUCAGACUUGAAGUUUAUCAUGGAAGAACUUGACAAAGUUUACAACCGAGCAAUUAAGGCUGCAAGGAGUGCACGUGACCUGGACCUCAGAGAUGGUGCCUGCCCAGUUCCAGGUGUUAAUGAGAACAUAGGGCAAAGUUUGUGGGAGAUAUCUGAAAGCCAUUUCAAGUACCCAAUUGUGGAGCAGUACUUGAAGACAAAGAAAAACUCCAGUAAUUUGAUUGUCAAGUACAUUGGCUGCAGACUGAUAACACUCACUGUCAUACUGUUAGCAUGCAUCUACCUGGGAUAUUACUUCAGCCUGUCCUCACUCUCAGACGAGUUUGUGUGCAGCAUCAAAUCAGGGAUCCUGAGGAAUGACAGCACCGUCCCCGAUCAAUUUCAGUGUAAGCUCAUUGCAGUUGGCAUCUUCCAGUUGCUCAGCUUCAUUAACCUCAUGGUGUAUGUGCUGCUGGCCCCUGUGGUUGUCUACACACUGUUUGUUCCAUUGCGACAGAAGACAGAUGUUCUCAAAGUGUACGAAAUCCUGCCUACUUUUGAUGUUCUGCAUUUCAAGUCUGAAGGAUACAACGACUUGAGCCUCUACAAUCUUUUCUUGGAGGAGAAUAUAAGUGAACUCAAGUCAUACAAGUGUCUUAAGGUACUGGAGAAUAUUAAAAGCAGUGGUCAGGGGAUCGACCCAAUGCUACUGCUGACUAACCUUGGCAUGAUCAAGAUGGAUAUUAUGGAUGGCAAAUCGCCCAUGUCAGCAGAGACCAAGGGAGAAGCCCAGAUGGCAGAGCUCAAAGAUGUGGACAUACACAAUGAAACUAAAACAAGUAAUGGAGAGAAGAAUGCUCGACAGAGACUUCUGAAUUCUUCUUGCUGAUGAUUUUGUUCUUGAACUUUGAAUCUGUGACUUCUGUGACAUGAAUUCAUUUUGGCUAAAGCACCCUGAUCGGGUUCACAACUGAUCUGUGGUAAAUGAAUGGGCCUUGUAGAGAGAUUGAGCUUGUCUUACUGAGGAAUGUAAUGGUCAACAAGAUGUUAUGAAGAAUGGUUUGUGACCUUCUUACAAGAAGCAACAUGGAGAUUGUAAAUGAUAGCAAGUAUACAUGUGUUAAGUCCUCAUCAAUGAAAAGUGGAAGGACUAGUAAGAGCAGCAAAGAGCCAUUCAGAGCCUUGGAGAGACACCUUUUAGUACCUGUGAUGCCAUGAGAUGCUGAGCUACUAGAAAGCAAGGACAUUGGGAGAUUUACUUUGUUUUACGAAAUAAUAAUAAACAUGUCAGGAUAUAAGUUAAUAUGAAUCUCUCACAUGCCCUUACUGACUUGGAUAAGAAAAACCUUCAAUGUCUAAUUGAGGACCAGUAGGUUGACCUGAGCCUGGCAGGUCUUCAGCUGGGUGUAGGUCUGGUGUCUUGGCCCUCAUCCACUUGAGCCAUCUCCACAGUUCCUUGUCAGCCGUGGCCAGUUGCGGCCCUCUUACCCUAUGUGUUACACUCUGCUCUCAAGGGUAAGAGGCCCAAGUGCUCAUCUGACUGAAAACUUAGUUAAUGAGACAGAACAUAAAGGGUACUCAGUUAAUACCACAGUGACCUCAGUAAGAAAAAAGGCUUCAGAAGAGAGCCCAAUGGGGAAAUCUGAGAUUCCAGAAGAAGUUAAUUUAAUCACUUUCAAAGAGGUUGUCUACAAGGUGUUUUCAAAGACAUUUGAAACAGAAUUCUACUCAAACACAUUAUCACAACACAGGAAUGUUUACAGUCAAGGACACUUGGCCUAAUAUGAUCAGAGCACACAAAUAACAUUUGCCAUAUGGUGUUUUUGGAACCAGAACAACUUAGUGGUGUAUUUUGUUUGUAUUUAAGCACAGCUUCUAAAAAUGCAUUUUCAUUCAUACUGUGUCCAAAUUGAGAAGAACAUCCUAGCAUUGAUGGAGAAUUGUCACAUAAAUGUUAAAAUGGUUGAAUAAGACAGACACAAGUAUUAUUUCAUAAAUAUUUAAGGCUAACUUAAAAAUGUUAAAAAUUUCACAUUUCUGUCCUGUAAAUAUGUGUGUUGUCAUUUUAUACACAAAAUCUGUAAUCUUUGGUCCUUCCCAUUUUCAUUCUUAGUUAACACAUUGCUUACAUGAGUAAUCCUCAGGAAGCUCAGAGUUUACUUUUGGCCCUUGGGGAAAAGUUGUUUUCCUAAUCUGGUAGCAUUCUGGUGAAGAACUGAAGUUGUAUAAGCUGCUGUCUGCCUUUCAGAAUAUACAGAAAAGCAGAUUUUAUUUGUACUUCUGUGACAGUUUCUGAAGAGGAAAGCUUAUUGACAAAAUAUCAAGGAUGCAAUCAGGGCUUUAAAUUAUUCUCCAUUGCAUGAUAUUUAUUACUGUUGAAUUAUAGUGUGACUUCGAAAUGGUAGUAACCUAAGUCACUGAUUUUGCUACUUUUCUAUUGCUACAUCUGAGAUGAUCCACCACAAUUCUCUACUGUUUUCUCCUAUUGAAAAUUUGAAAAGAUUUUUGAAACACAUUUUUCUGGAAUAUGAUUUUUUUCAAAAACUUCAUCUUCCCUGUGGACUAUCCCUAAUUUGUAUUUUGAAAUGGUAAAAGUGGAUAUUUUAGGAGACCAGGAACUCACCAAGCCCUACCACAUAUAAUCCUUUUAUCAGAGUUCGAAUAAUUGGGGGCCUUCACCUCUGCUUCACUUCAUUUUCGCAGUCUCACAUUCUGAACUGCAGUGGAAAUCAACUAGGCACUUGACCAUGCAAAUACAAUUAGGCAGAGCCCAUGGUGGAGGACUUGAGAGUCUAGUAAAAGGCAGCAGAGACAUAGGCAGGUACUAAGAAGAGAAAGAUUACCCACAAUAAAAGCCUUGCUAGAAAGUUAUGAAAUGCCGUGUUCUUGGGAGGCACCAUAUUGUCUCCUCCCCUGCCACCUGCCCCCACAUAGCUGAUUUUAAGAAUAUAGUUAUAAUAUUUCCUAGAGGCAGAUGAACCUCUUAAAGUUCAUUAGCUACAAAUCCUCUAGGUUGACAUUUGGGCAAAACAAUAUCACAGAUAGUGAUUUUGAACAUUUGCCCUCUGUACCUUCCUUGAGGGGAAUAUGGAGAACAGCUGUGUGGCAGAUGCAACUGAUGAUGGGCAACAGCCAUAGCUCUGAAAGGUUGGUGUGGUUGCCUGGCAACAUAGCUUGGCCUUGAAAUCUAAUUCUUCCAUCCACCAAAUUGUUGUCUUGGCGGACUGCUUUGGGGAGCCUGUCUCUGAGGGUGAGGAGGAAUGCUUUCCUCAGCACUCAUUGCUUUAUGAAGGGCCCACACAGACCCUUAGUGACCACUCCAGGGCUGCUGACUUGGUUUCUGGCUUAUGUCUCGUGAACCACUGUGAAUCUGCCAAACCCGACGCUACAAUAGUGUGGAAGCUGGGAGAAGCACAGAUACUCAGAAAACAAUGUUCCGGCACACCUUUAAUUUCACCAAGGAACAGGCAGAGGUUUCUAAUGUAGAGUUUCUUAAACUUUGGGGGCUACCAUCCUCCUUGCAAAUAUUUUUAAAGCAAUGCUGUCAUAUAGACACCACAAAGUCCAUGUAGAAUUCUACACCAUAUUAAACAUACUCCAGAGGACCUUAUCUGUGCAUCUGAGAAGUAGUUGUGCCCUAAUGGAAGAGUCGGCCCCUUUCAGAGAAUAGGGUCCCCCUGCCCUUGAGGACGCCACUUCUGACCCGGGCCUCAGACGUGGAUUUGCUUAAUUAAAUCUUAUUCACAUACUUUAAGUAACUGCCUUCAUUUUCUAGUCUGAAAAAAGUCAAAAAAAGAAUGAAUGGAGCAACACCUGGGAUGACCAGGCAGCCCUGUUGACGGCUAUUUUCUCCAAGUCGUGAGGCUAAUACCUUGUCUUCUUCCCAGUUCAAGUCAUUGUCCCAUCCAGCCUCACCUGAGUCUGGAAAGGGUGGACGCAGCACAAAUAGAAUGUGUCGUCCUUUAGAGAUGUGCUGUGAGAAGGCUAGAAACUUCCAUCUGUUCAGCUUAUCUGAUUUGCAAUUUAUGCUGUGUGUGGAAACGCUCUAUUUUUUACAUCCCCUCUCCCAUCCAGAGGCAGCUGAGGUGGCCUUUGUUCCUGUGAAAAUUAGUUCACCUGAGAGACAGAUUGUUGCACACCUUUCCUUUCUGAAAGCAUUUGACUUUGGUUUAUUUUGCUUAUGUCGGUCUAGGUUAAAUAGGAGAUCUAUGAGGUAGGAGAUUAUCUACUGCUGUAUCACCACUAUUUUCUGAAACAGUGACUCAUACAUACUAGGUAUCCUGUAAAUACAUGUUGAGUGAAUGAGCAAACUAACUGUGAGAACCAAUCCUAGUUUUUGACAACUGGGCACAUGGUCCUCUGCAGGGGACAGGAGGGAAGGGAGGCUCAUUUAACCUCUUGGUAGAGAAAAAUAUUUCUGCAAAUGACUAGCUCUCCACUGUAAGUGGUGAUAGUUCUAGAUUUUUAUUGUGGAGUGAGUCAUGACCACUUUCCAAGUUCAGUACAAGUUUGAUGUUGUCUUGCAGUAACUAGAGAAAGUGAAUUUUUAAAAGUCCUGGUCUCAGUGAUUCCCCAGAAUAAAUCUCUUAAAAGGAGAUAUGGAUUGAAAUGUACAAUUUUCAGUAAUAGAGGUUUUAUCUGAGGACAUUGAGAUGAAGUGACUCCUUUUGGGCAAUCACUGGCAUCUGACCCUCUUUCUCAGAAGUACAGUGAACCCUUUUUAAAAGAUUGACAAAGUUGUUACUAUGUUGUGGAAUGUGAUAGAUGUAAAUUCACGAUUGGUUUUUCUGCCUGCUUUAAAUUAAAUGUAUUGUGUUUCUGGGUCCCCCUUUAGCUAUAAAGAUACUUUGUCACUGAAGCAUGCAAUUUGAGCAGUCAUUAUUCUUCAGGUUCCUUAAAGUGAUAAAAGUUUCUCAUGUCUUGAAGUGUUUGCUUUUCCCCCUGCCCAUCAGAGGAGAAAAAUCCUUGUAAGAAUCUACAGUGUUAUUAAUAUCCCCUACACAAACUGAAACAAUCAGUUCUGCUUUUACAAAUUGACUUCUUUAAAGCACCAUAAUUACAAUUUAAUGGCUUUCAGUAGAGUGAUGCUGAUUGUGCAAGUUAAAUUCUUUUUAAUGACUGAAUUUCAUCAGAACUUCUGAAGAAAAACAUGUACUUUUGCUGUGUCAUUUUGGUAAGAAUGCUGCUGACAGAUGAAGAACGACUUUAAAAAUUAGGAUCAUGAAUUUUAUUCCACAGAGAUCUGAAGAUGAGAAUAAACGGUGUGUUAGAAAAUGAUCCUUUUUGAAAACACAGGAAUUUUGAGAGUGAUGCAUUUCAAUGCCUGUCCCUCUUACAUUUCUUAUCUCCCUGUCAGUCACUCAGCCAGGCUCUGCAUCUGACCACGCUGACUUCCACUGAAAGAAGGAUGGAAGCCAAGAGUCUAGGUUGCUGUGUCAAGAGACCAAGUGAAGCAAUGUUUUAAGUCUGCACUGUGGUGUCCUAAA